CAUUGGUAAAUGCUGUUUCGAUUGUGAAACAAAAUGUUUGUUUGUUUUUUGGUUCCUGGGUAGUAAGUUUUAUUUCCUAAUUGCUUAUGCCUCAAAAGUAUAGAAAAUGGCUAUUAUUCCCCACAAACUUUGCUUUUGUGACAAGGACAGUGAUAUUUUGAAAUGUACCUAUUUUCCAGAACAUUCCAGAUAGAUUCAGUGCUGGACAUCCAGAAAGAGUAAAACAUGUAUUGCUAGAAUGUACAGCAUACAAGAGAGAAAGAUUGCAAUUAUUCCAAGCACUAAAAGAAUGGGGAGUAAGUAAUUAUUCACUCAAGGAUAUUUUAGAAGAAGAAACAGAUUAUAGAAUUCAUAGGGAAUUAUUUAGAUUUUUGAAUGUUACAGGAUUGGUAAAUAAGAUUUAAUAUUAGUAGUUUUGUUUUUUGUUUUUUUCUCAACCAAGUUGUGCUCCAUACUCCAGUCCAGUAGGUGACGGAAAUGCACCUUGUAGUUGGUUUGCCAACUGCCAUAUAAACAACAGAAGAAGAAGAUUCAGUGCUGGAAGAAGAAGAUUCAGCACUUGGAGUAACUUCUAGAACUUUCUAGAACUUUCCAGUAAUAUAAAUAGUAGUAAAAAUACAGGGGCCUUAAGCCCAACAGUCCAGUUUAGUUCCAGCAGCCUAAGUGGAUACAUAUCUGUAAUUUUCUGAGAUGGCAUCAAGAGGCUGCAAGCAUCCGGCAGACGCAUUUUGCUAUGUCUGCGGACAAUUUAUCAAGACAAGAGCGAAAAAGUACUCUGUGGAAGCAUCUGCUAAGAUGUGUGAGGCCUACAAGGCAUAUUUCGGCAUGCCUGUCGGGGAUCAAGACAAACCCUGGGCACCUCAUUUCACCUGCGAGCACUGCAAAAAAACUCUGGAAGGAUGGUACAGAGGGGAAAAGAGAGCAAUGAAGUUCGCUAUCCCAAGAAUUUGGCAGGAACCCACUGACCACUCAAGCAACUGCUACUUCUGCAUGGUGGACCCUUCCAAACGUCGGACUGGCAAGAAUGCACCUGCUAUCACGUAUCCGGACCUUCCUUCAUCCAUCGCCCCGGUGCCACACUGCUAUGAGCUCCCCAUACCUACUCCUCCAGAGAGAGAGCAGCCGUCUUUAGAAGAGAGCAGCAAGUCAGAGAGCGAGGAAGACAUUGCAGAUCCAGAUGACAAUUUCAGAGGUGGAGCUGAGGAGAGAAACCCAUACUACCCGAACCAAAAAGACCUCAACGCCUUGAUUAGAGAUCUUGGUCUUACCAAGUCCAAUGCCGAGCUUUUGACGUCUAGGCUCAAGCAGUGGAACUUGUUGGAUGAAAGUGUGCAAGUAACAGAUCAGAGGAAGCGUCACCAACCUUUUUCCAGCUUCUUCACCCAUCAAGAUGGGCUCUGCUUCUGCCACAGUGUGACCAGUCUGUUCGAGGCAAUCGGAAUCGCCUGUAACCAGAAUGAGUGGCGCCUCUUCAUUGACAGCUCAUCCAGGAGCCUCAAAGCCGUGCUGCUCCAUAAUGGUAACAAGUUCCCGUCUCUUCCCCUGGCUCACUCGGUGCACCUCAAAGAGGAAUACAACAGCAUCAAGACCUUGCUGGACGCCUUGAAGUAUAAUGAGUACGGCUGGGAGGUCAUAGGAGAUUUCAAAAUGGUGGCAUUCCUGAUGGGUCUCCAAGGCGGUUUUACCAAGUUUCCCUGCUAUCUUUGCCUUUGGGACAGCAGGGACACCAAGGCGCACUACCACAGGCGGGACUGGCCACAGUGGACCGAGUUCUCUGUGGGGAGGAACAACGUCAAGUGGGAGCCACUGGUGGACCCCCGGAAGGUGCUGAUGCCACCACUGCACAUCAAAUUGGGCCUUAUGAAACAAUUUGUCAGAGCUCUAGAUAAGGAGUCGGCAGCCUUCAAGUACCUUCAAGACUUCUUCCCUAAGCUGUCUGAGGCAAAGGUCAAAGCCGGUGUCUUUGUCGGACCACAGAUAAAGAAGAUCCUGGAGUGCAAUGAAUUCCCCAAGAAGCUCACUAGUAAGGAGAAAGCGGCUUGGAACAGCUUUGUCGCAGUGGUUCGGGGCUUCCUGGGCAAUCACAAGGCCGAAAACUAUGUGGAGCUGGUUGAGACUCUGGUGAAGAACUACGGCACAAUGGGCUGUAGGAUGUCCCUCAAAGUCCAUAUCCUUGAUGCUCAUCUUGAUAAAUUCAAGGAGAACAUGGGAGCGUACUCGGAGGAGCAAGGCGAGCGCUUCCAUCAGGAUAUUCUGGAUUUUGAACGCCGCUACCAAGGACAGUAUAACGAGAACAUGAUGGGAGACUACAUUUGGGGACUGAUUCGUGAAAGUGAUUUACAGUAUAAUCGUAAAUCUCGAAAAACUACUCACUUCUAAAUCUUUUGUAGUCAUUUUUGUAUUACUUUAGUAUAAAUACAUGUUAAUUUGGAUUCAUAUGUUGUUUUUUCUGACUUUAUGUGAACGAAAAGACACAAAUUCACCCUUUUUCUCAUUGGAAAUAGGUACACUUCAAAAUAUCACUGUCCUGGUCAUAAAAGCAAAGUUUGUGGGGAAUAAUAGCCAUUUUCUAUACUUUUGAGGCAUAAGCAAUUAGGAAAUAACACUUACUACCCAGGAACAAAAAUUGUGUUACAUAGUGUUACCAUUGAACCACGGCAUUUAUUUGGCAUUACUUUUAUUCAGUUACAUUGUGGUGUAAUGCAGGGUUUUUUAAACAUUUUGAUGCCAAGGACACCCAAAAAUUAUGAUCCACUUGCGAGGGACCCCCUGUGUGAGAAAACAUGUUAUUUGCUAAAUUAAGUGUAUAUAAUUACAUACAAUAAUUACAAGUGCCAUUGUGCCUUUUUCUAUUAUGGUAAUGUUUUAACCCGAAGAGAAACAUUUUCAAUUUAAAAAAAAAAUAUAUAUAUAUAUAUAUAUAUAUAUAUAUAUAUAAGCCCUAUUUUUACAAUAAAUAUUAUUUUAAAGCAGCUUUAAAAAGAAUAGUAAAGUAUAACCCUUAUUUCUUAGAAAUAAUGUUUUUUUCUUUUUCAUAAUAUAUGAAAUUAUAUAGCUAUAAACUAUGGAUGUCAGUAGAAUAAAAUAAUCAUGAUUAAUGUCAUAAUUUCAUAAUGAACUGGUAAUAAUUUCAAAUUGUCAAAAAAGUUUUACUUUCCUCUUUUUUUUUUUUUUUUUUUUUUUUCGCGAAUUCCAAGAACCCCUUUGCGGCCCAGACCCCACUUUGAAAACCUCUGAUGUAAUGUACAGAAAUGUAUUAAUGAAAAUAUUCACUGUUCAAGACCUUUUUCACUUGGCUUCACCGAUCAUCCAAAAGAAGAUGACAUUUUUAUUUAAUUAUUCUAAUUAUAAUUCUGACUGUAUUGCAUAUUAAUAAAUGCAAAUUUACUAAUAAAACAAAAACAAAUUAACUUUAUGCUUUUAUUGAGUAUUGAUAGAAGAGACUGUGAAUAAGAAAGCUAUUAAGACUUACAGUAUAUUACUUGUAAAUAUUUGGCUUUAUAAAGUAUUUAUUUGAAUUAUUAUUUUUUUGUAUAAUUAUUUAGAGUUAUAUCAUC